GGCGGAGCCGGCGCUGCCUCACCCUGGUAACCGCCGCCGCGGACCGCACCCUGGUGCUUGCCCGUGCCCCCGCCCCGCCGGCCGCACCAUGCAGGGGGAGGACGCCCGAUAUCUCAAGAGGAAGGUCAAAGGAGGUAACAUAGAUGUACAUCCAUCUGAAAAGGCCCUUGUUGUUCAUUAUGAAGUGGAAGCAACUAUCCUUGGUGAGAUGGGCGACCCCAUGCUGGGGGAACGCAAGGAGUGUCAGAAAAUCAUUCGGCUGAAGAGUCUCAAUGCAAACACAGACAUUGCCUCCCUGGCUCGUAAGGUGGUUGAGGAAUGUAAGCUCAUUCACCCCUCCAGACUAGCCGAGGUAGAACAACUUCUGUACUAUCUGCAGAACCGCAGAGAUGCCUCAUCAGGGAAAGAAAAGAAAGAGAAAUCCAAUAAACCAAAAGAUCCACCCCCCUUUGAAGGAAUGGAGAUCGAUGAAGUAGCUAAUAUUAAUGACAUGGAUGAAUACAUCGAGUUACUGUAUGAGGAUAUUCCUGACAAGGUGCGCGGCUCUGCCCUUAUCCUACAGCUGGCCCGGAACCCUGAUAACCUGGAAGAAUUGCUCCUCAACGAAACUGCACUGGGUGCAUUGGCAAGAGUGUUGAGAGAAGACUGGAAACAAAGUGUGGAACUUGCUACUAACAUAAUUUAUAUUUUCUUCUGCUUUUCAAGUUUUUCUCAGUUUCAUGGGCUAAUCACGCACUACAAAAUUGGAGCUCUGUGUAUGAAUAUAAUAGAUCAUGAGCUGAAGAGACAUGAGCUCUGGCAGGAGGAACUCGCCAAAAAGAAGAAAGCUGUUGAUGACGAUCCUGAGAAUCAAACCCUGAAAAAGGAGUAUGACAAAACCUAUAAAAAAUACCAAGGGCUGGUUGUCAAACAGGAGCAAUUACUGCGAGUUGCUCUCUAUCUGCUGCUGAACCUUGCUGAGGACACACGCACUGAGCUGAAGAUGAGGAACAAGAAUAUUGUCCAUAUGCUAGUGAAAGCACUGGAUCGAGAUAAUUUUGAGCUGCUUAUUUUGGUUGUGUCUUUCUUGAAGAAACUCAGCAUUUUUAUGGAGAACAAAAAUGACAUGGUUGAAAUGGAUAUUGUAGAAAAACUGGUGAAAAUGGUGCCAUGUGAACAUGAAGACCUGCUGAAUAUCACCCUCCGGCUUUUGCUAAACCUGUCAUUCGACACUGGCUUGAGGAAUAAGAUGGUACAAGUGGGGCUACUUCCGAAACUCACUGCACUCCUGGCAAAUGAGAGCUACAAGCAAGUAGCAAUGUGUAUUCUGUAUCACAUAAGUAUGGAUGAUCGCUUUAAAUCAAUGUUUGCAUACACAGACUGUAUACCACAGUUAAUGAAGAUGCUCUUUGAGUGCCCUGAUGAACGUGUUGACCUGGAGCUCAUUUCCUUCUGCAUUAACCUCGCUGCUAAUAAGAGAAAUGUGCAGCUAAUCUGUGAAGGAAAUGGAUUGAAGAUGUUAAUGAAGAGGGCUCUGAAGUUCAAGGAUCCACUGCUGAUGAAAAUGAUCAGGAACAUUUCACAACAUGAUGGGCCAACCAAAAAUCUGUUUAUUGAUUAUGUUGGUGAUUUAGCAGCUCAAAUUUCAAAUGGCGAAGAGGAGGAAUUUGUGAUAGAAUGUCUGGGAACAUUGGCAAAUCUGACCUUACCUGACCUGGACUGGGAACUCGUGCUGAAAGAAUACAAACUAGUUCCAUACCUCAAAGAUAAACUAAAGCCAGGUUCUGCAGAGGAUGACCUUGUUUUAGAAGUCGUAAUAAUGAUUGGAACUGUGUCCAUGGAUGACUCCUGUGCUGCUCUUCUAGCCAAAUCUGGAAUCAUUCCAGCACUCAUUGAACUUCUAAAUGCUCAACAGGAAGAUGAUGAGUUUGUCUGCCAAAUCAUAUAUGUCUUUUACCAGAUGGUCUUUCACCAAGCCACUAGAGAUGUCAUCAUCAAGGAGACUCAGGCUCCAGCGUAUCUUAUAGACCUGAUGCACGAUAAGAAUGCUGAGAUCCGCAAAGUCUGUGACAACACUCUGGAUAUUAUAGCGGAAUAUGAUGAAGAAUGGGCUAAGAAGAUUCAGAGUGAGAAAUUCCGAUGGCACAAUUCUCAGUGGCUGGAGAUGGUGGAGAGUCGGCAGAUGGAUGAUAGCGAGCAGUACUUGUAUGGGGAUGACCGUAUUGAGCCCUACAUCCAUGAAGGGGAUAUUUUAGAAAGACCUGACCUUUACUACAAUUCAGAUGGCCUGGUGCCCCCUGAUGGAGCAGUGAGUCCAGAUUUUUUCAGUGAUUAUCAUCUUCAGAAUGGAGAUCUAGUUGGGCAACAUCCCUUCUCCAGCGGCAUUGGAGUGGAUGGAUUUGGUCAGCCAACUGGUAUUCCUAGCCGCCCUGUGACUGCCUAUGGAUAUCGCCCAGAUGAACCUUACUACUAUGGCUAUGGAGCUCGAUAAAGCAACUUACUGCAUACUCCAGAGUGUUCUCCCUCCUGCUCCACUAGGAACAAGUGUGCAUAGCUGGCUUUAGAUCAUUCCUUGGAAAUGCAUGAUUAUACUGUGACAAGUCUGUGUGAUUAUGUAUCCUUUAGUAUGCGAACCUCCAGAUUAGCCUGGGCCUUGCUGGCUCUAACAUUUCAGUGACUGUGUUCACUCCUUAGUUCUCAAUUUAUAAUUUUUGUACAGUAUUUGUCAUGUGACUUGAAAGCAAGUAUUGAAAAGCUACUAGACUGGAAAGUAAACAUUACACUGUGUAUAUUAAGCAACUAAUUUAAUUUCUAUUAAAUACAAAAACUACACGGUCA